AUGGCCCGUUGCUUGUUGCUUCAUGUGCGUCCCAAACGCCCUGCCGUCCGUUUGGAGCCGACCCUAUCCGUCCUGUCAUCUGCCGCUGUGUCGCGUCAGACUCGCAAGCACGCCGCCCUGAUUCCAGAAUUUGCUCAGGUGAUCCAGCUGCCAAUUACUCAGGUUGAUAAAGGCAUGCGUGUACUUCGCGAAGUCUCGUUCCAUGGGGAAUGUGCGGGAGACUGCGACUCGAACAACCCUAUUGCCGAGGCCCAGGCGCAGGCGUUGCAGCACCCAUUCGACACCCACAAUCCUGUGGCUGCAAUCACUGUGGAUGCGAUCGACUUUCUGGUGAACUCUUCUCCGCAGCAAGUGAAAGCCGCUACGCUAACUGAGCAAGACCUGCGGGAUACAGCCAAGGAGAGACGGGAAGCCAUUGUUGGUGAUGAUGCACCCGGCGACGCGGCCAAGGCUCAACUCUUGUUCAAGGUCACGCAGGAGGAAGUCGACCUGGGUUUCCUAGAUGGGCCGUACACGGCUGAUGAAAUCUCAAACUUGGUGGGACAUGACCAGUGGUGCGUCAUAAGAAGGUUCUUGCUGGAUCAAGGGUCGAAACAUCGGCCUAUCGAUGAUGCCUGUCAGUCGCAAACCAAUGCUGCCUACAGCGCUACCAUCCGCUUGGAGCUUCACAAUGCUGACUACGUAGCAUCGUUGGCCCUUCUUAUCGCCAAGAAGGCCAAAAACCAAAAGCAUGGGUCAGGUGCAUGGCUGGGUAAAUGCCUCGACUUGACCAAGGCUUACAAGCAGGUAGCAUUGCACCCGGAUCAACGAGAUUUAUGCAUAACCUACUUCAGAGGACCAGGGGGAGAGGAAAAAUUUUUCCUCCCCAAUGCGCUGAUGUUUGGCGCCACUGCCGCCGUUUUCGGGUUCAUUAGGAUUAGUCGGUGUCUCUGGUUUCUCGCGAAUAAAGUCCUGAAGGUUCCAUCAGCUUGCUAUUUUGACGACUACCCUCUCUUCGCGCCAGAAGAGGGGGCCCAGGAGGCAGAUGAAUGCAUAAGUCAAUUCUUCACCAUGCUGGGGUGGUCUCACGCCGUCACAGGCGAAAAAGGCAAGCCGUGCUCAUCAUCCUUCGAUGUCUUAGGACUUACUUUGGACUUGUCGCAACUGCAGAAAGGUUUAGUGGUUCUCAGGAACAAACCCGGACGGGUGGAGAGAAUCUUGAGUGAGUUUGGCAAGGUCUCUGAACCGGAAGCCAUCACCCGCCACCAGAUACAGGUCCUCCAUGGGCUGUUGAAUUUCGCUGCGGGGUUUUAUUCCGGAAGGGUGCUGAAACACUUGUGUUAUGAUCUCUUGGAGUUCCUUGAAUGGCGCGGCCCGGUCGCUUUCCAACGGCUCCAGAAGCUUUCGGCACGAGUGAGGCAUGUGCUGGAAUCGAUGCCGCCCAGGGUCUUGUCGUGCAACUUUGCUUGUGAAUCAAUACUCGUGUGGACCGACGGCUCGUGGGAAUCGGGACAUGCGGGUAUUGGUGCGUGCAUCUGGGAUCCCUUGAAACAGUGUGGACAUGUGCUAGGAGGUGUGGCUCCAUCUUGGGCGAUUGAGUCGUGGAAGGAGGACUUCGAUGCUCGGGAUGGCGAGCCUCAACUUAUAUGCCACAUUGAGUUGCUUGUUCUGGUGGCGGUAAGAUGGAUGUUCCAAGAUCAAUUCUUGAACAGGCGAGUGAUUAUGUUCGUCGACAAUGACGCCGCUCGGUAUGCCAUUCUGAAAGGUGGAAGUGGAAGUGACGGGAUGAACAACUUAGUCCAAUUGUUCGACCUUCCUGAUCUAAAGUUUCCGUCUCUGUACUGGAUUGACCGUGUACCGUCGAGUAGCAAUAUAGCGGACGGCCCUUCCAGAGAUGACUUCGCUUUGGCACUUAAGUUGAUGAAGGCUACUUGCGUGGAAGCCUUCGCUUGGCACGAUGAGCUUAAGACUUCAGUCAUCACAAGGCGCAAGAGGAAAGGGGUGUGA